AUGGAUUUGAAUUUUUCUGAUGAUGAUGAUGAAUAGGAAAUUUAGCAAUAGCAAGAACCUCAAUAGAUUGAGGAACUAAAUAAACAAGAGGAUAAUUCUUAAUUAGACUAAACAAUUUCUGUCAUUAACACAAAAAAUUAUAAGAUUAAAACUUAAACACCAUUUUCUGCAGAUGAAGUGUAUUCAUAAAUAUAUGCCUAUCUUGAGAGUAAAUAAUCUAAAUUAGUUUGCAUUGAAGUGAAGAUGGAAGUGAAUAAAACUGACAAACUUGAAAAAUCUAAUGAUGAAAGCAUUUAAAUAAUCAAAGGAUCAAUAAGCUAUGAGUUUUUUAAAUUUAGAGAGAUAAAUGAUAAACUAAAAUUCCCUCCUCCAUUAGAUAUUUACUAAAAUAAUAUAAUAUUGGAAAACUAAGAUGAAGAAUUCGAUUUUAAAUUAAAUCCCAAAUAAUAUUCUAGAUUCCCUUUUAUAAAUCCAUCGAAUGAUAUUUUUGAAAAAUCUCAAACUUUUGAUGUAACAAUUUAAGGAGAAGUAUUAGGAUUUGAAAAAGUUAAAUUGAACGAAGUUUAAGGCUUCGAAUUAGAAAAAAAAGAUGGCGAAGAUAAAAUAAGCUAAACAUUUAUUCAAUCUUUUGAGACUGCUUAAGCCAUUAGUUUAGGAUCAUAUGCAAGGGAUUAACAUAAUUAUUAUUUUGAAAGUCUUUAUAAUCUUGGAGAGAAGGAGUGUACAUUUAUACAUCUUGAAUAAUGCUAUGAGUAUCAUAUGUUUACAAUUUUCUUAAACUUUAGAUCGGUUGGCUAAGUAAAAAUAGUUUUAGAUAAACCUAUAAUCUAAGUAGAGGGAUAAUAUAAGUAUCUCAUAGCUACCUCUACACCCAAAUUCUUUGCAAGCACUUAAACAUAUCACUUAAUAAAUUUGGUAGAAGAUAAGAAGCAAUGGUAUCCUAUACAUAAUAUUUUGCUAACUUUACCUAAUAUUUCAACCUAUAUGAAAAUCUACUCAGCUGAAAAUUUUGCUAUUAAAUUAAGUUUAAAAGAAAAAGAAAUUAAAUAAACAAACAAAGACUAACCUUUUACAUAAAAUAUUUUAUAGUUUACUAUUGAUCUAUCAUUCUAAAUUUAAUACAUGUUGUUAGUUCUUCUCUCAAACAAAAAGAUAAGCUUGUUUGAGUUUCCUAAAUUGCAGUAAUGUCUUAAAUAAAUGUGUUAAGGAAAGGCGUUUUUUUUCUUGAAUAAUUUGAUGAACAGAUAAGAGCACUAGAAAAUAACUGAUUUCUUAAAUAUUGACGAAAAUUAAGUUUUACCAGGUCCAGAAUACCAAAUAGUGUACAGAGUCGUUGUUAGUCCUUCUAAAUUUAAUUUUCUCCUUCCAAGCUCUGAGUAUAAUUCUUAUUUAAUAAAAGAAUUAGAAACUGGAGUAAAUGAAACCUAAAAUAUUGUUAGAAUUAUUUUUGAAGGUAAUGAAUCUGAUUUUAUAUAGAGUAUAUAUUAUAGAGAAAUAUUAAUGUCAUUUAAUAUGCUUUCCAAAACUUUUUGUUAUUUUGGAAAAUAAAAUAAUGACGCCUUAUUGAUUGAGGUAAAAACAAUCCCUCAGAACAUGCCUAAUUUAAAAAAGAAAGAUAUAAUGCAACAUUAUAAUAAUGAAUUAUGUCUCAAACUAUAAAAUGUUGGUGAUUACUCUUCAAUUAAAAAUGUAUACGAAUAACAAAUGACGAUAAAUUAAGCUCUUUGGAAAUCUCUUUUUAUUUUUGACGAUAAAGAUAAAAUCUAUAGCAUGGAAAAUCCUUUUUAAUUUGGUUUAAUAAAUGAUCUUAUAUAUAUUAAAAUUCUAGAGUAAAUUAAACAAGAAUUAAAUGUUAAAAUUGAAAAUAUAAAUUGCCUUCUGAUAUAAUUAAAUGGCUGCACUUCUUUAUUCUUUCCUAUGGGCUUAGUUAAAGAGGACAUAGUUUAAUAAUAUAAAAAAAAUUCCUUUAUAUUGCCUAGCGUACAUUGCAACCAUCAAAGCAACAAGAAAAAUAAAUUAUAUUUGAUUGAUUACAACUAAUUAGAAAAGGGAUGGAUUAGUUUAGAAAUUUCAAAAAAGAUAUCUAAUUAAUUUGAAGUAGAACAUAAAUAGUUUUUCAAUGAUUAAGAUUAAAUAUACGAAACUAUCAACUAACUGUUACCUUUAGACAAUAUAUUAACUUAAUGCUCUUAGAAAGUGUUUAGGAAAAAUUUCAAUUAACUUUUAUCAAAUAAGUAUGAUUUAUCAUAAGAAUAUUUUUUCAUGAUAUUAAAAGACAUCUUAGCGAAUAAAAAAAAAAUGCUUUCUCUUGAUAACUAAAGAAUCUAUCCCUAGAACUGUUUUAGAUUAUAUUCAUUUAUUGAUUAAUAAUAAGAGCUAAAAGAAGAUGAAAUUUUUGUUUAAAUAUAGUAAAAUAAUAAAUUUUAAAUUAUUGAAGGUCCAGUUCUUCUAGUUAAUGAGACUGAUUAACAGAUAAUUAUCAAAAAAGUGACUGCAAAAUCUGAUUUAUUCAGUUUGGAUAGUUAUAAAAAAUUUAAAAACAUUGUGGCGGUGAGCUAAUAAAAUCUUAAUUUAUUCAAUCAUAAGCAAAAAAUAACUUUGAUUUAUGGAGAAACAAUAAAUUAGUUAAAGUUGAAUUAGUAAUUAAUUUAAAAAGACAAAAAAAAUGUAAAAGAAUAAGAGGGUAUAAAUGUAAAAAAGUCAGCUAAGAUAUUUUUGGAAUCAAAGACAAAUAGCAAAGAAUCUAAAGAAUUUGACUUAGUAAGACCAAACAUUAUGAAUUAAUUCUCUCAGAAUUAGUUAUUUUUAAAAGCUUUUGAAGAAGAUAUUAAAAUUGAUGAGCAUGAAAUUAUUGAAGCAAAAUAAGAAACAUUUAAAUAGGCUUUAGCUAAUAUCGAAAAAUAUUCUGGAAUUUUUAGCCAGUUUAACUAAAAAUAUGGCUUGAGUUCAAAUUUUAAAAUCUAUGAAUUGCUUUUUGAAGGUAGAAAUAAUACAGAUAUAUAAAUUCUAUAAGAAUUUGAAGAUAUUUUAGUUAAAUUUGCUGAUGAAGCUUUUCAGGAAUCAAUUGAUCAAGAAAUUAAUGAUAAAAAACUGUUUUAUUUAAAUUUUAACAAAAAACUAAUUAAAUCUGAUGAUGAUGAAGAUUUUCAAGAUACCAUGUAAUGCUUAAAACUUACUUCAGGCAUUUAUUAUUUAUGCUUAAUUGCUUGCUUGGCCUAUGCUUAAAAUAAAAAUUUUAACGAAAUAGCUCAAUUAAUUUAAGAAUAAUUCAAAUUUGAUAUUAAAAAUUACAAUUAAUAAAUUCAAAAAAUCUAAGUCAACGAUGGUCUCCUGGGAUUCUUCUGGAUUCUAUGUGUUAAAUAAUUCAUUUGA